AUCACGAACCUCAACAUAACAACAACAUUAACAGCCCCAUCAAUAUUACAUAAAAGAUUACUACAAUCCAUUAAAAUCUUAUUUUACAACUUAGUUUUAAGACCAUCUUUAGUUCCUUUAAACAAUAUUUAGCUUGAUUACACACAUUCUGAUUCAUAAAUUUGCAGAGAGGCUUAUCAUAAGAAUUGGAGAGAACCCGUCAUGGAGAUGAUGAUGUUGAUGAUGAUGAUGAUGAUGAUGAUUGGUUCAAUGGCAGAUGAUACCAAUGAUGUUUACAGUCCAUGUGAUGAUGCCAAAGUGCAGAAACUAGAUGGGUUUACAUUUGGUGUUGCAUUUUCAAAAAAGGAAUUUUUCUCCUUCGAAAAUGUGCAGCUUUCUCCAUGUGAUAGUCGCCUUGGUUUAGCCACCAAAAGUGCACAACUUGCUGUUUUUAGGCCAAAGCUAGACGAAAUUUCUCUCCUUACCAUCAAUGGCAGCGAUCUCCUUAAAGCUGGUGGAUACAUGGUAGCAUUUGCAGGGAGGAAAUAUGCAGCCAGAUCAUUACCGAUAAUGGUUGCCGAUGACAAAAACACCAUAACUAGCUUCACUUUGGUUCUUGAAUUCAAACAAGGUACUCUACAAAAUUUAUUUUGGAAAAGUUCUGGUUGUGAUUCAUGCUCCGGAGAGUCAGCUACUUGUCUCAACAACCAAGACUGUGCAAGACCAACCUCAAAAUGUGGGCAAAAUGGGUGCAACUUGGGCAUACAGUUAGCAUUUUCUGGGACAGACAAGAACCUUGAAGCACUCAAUUCAUGGUACGAAGUUAGCAAAUUCCGACAAAAUUCACUCUAUGGACUGUACGCAGAUCUACGUGACAAGCUUUUCUAAGUUUGCAAAUUCCCAUGAAUUGCCGAUGGCCUUCGAUUUGUUAUUAUUGAUGGUCUAAUUCUUCUACUCAUUCGAAAUUUAGACAUUCUAACUCUAAUAAACAUAUUUUGGUUACAACCUUAUAUUCAAGAUUUUUGUUUACUUA